AUGCCGGCUCUGCCAGCACUGCUGCUGUCAAUACACUUCCUCUCCUUCCUGCUAGUUACCAUGCCGCCACGGUCCCUCAGUCAGGCUCCUUUGCUCUCCUCCGUCCGCAUGGCGGCAAUCCUGGAUGACCAGUCUGUGUGUGGGCGUGGGGAGCGGCUGGCGCUGGCCCUGGCCAGGGAGAACAUCAACAGCGUGAUGGAGGGUCCGGCCCGAGCGCGAGUGGAGGUGGACAUAUACGAGCUGCAAAAAGACUCCCAGUACGACACUACUGACACCAUGUGUCAGAUUUUACCCAAAGGCGUCGUCUCUGUGAUAGGUCCCGCCUCCAGCCCCGCCUCUGGCUCUACUGUCAGUCAUAUAUGUGGGGAGAAGGAGAUCCCUCAUGUUAAAAUCGGUCCAGAGGAAACUCCACGCUUGCCGUACCUGCGCUUCGCCUCUGUUACGCUGUACCCUAGCAACGAGGACCUGAGCCUGGCCAUAGGAGCCAUCUUACGCUCGUUCAGCUACCCCUCAGCAAGCCUGGUCUGUGCCAAGGCUGAGUGCCUGCUGAGAUUGGAGGAACUGGUCCGCCGCUUUCUCAUCUCUCGGGAGACGCUGUCAGUGCGGAUGCUGGAUGACAACCUGGACCCUACGCCACUACUGAAGGAGAUCCGUGAUGACAAAGUGGCAACCAUCAUUAUCGACGCCAAUGCUUCUGUCUCCUAUCUCAUUCUCAAGAAGGCAUCGGAGCUGGGGAUGACUUCAGCAUUUUAUAAGUACAUCCUCACCACUAUGGAUUUCCCCCUACUGAGGCUGGAUGACAUAGUGGAUGAGCAGUCCAAUAUUGUGGGCUUCUCCAUGUUUAACACAACCCACCCCUUCUAUUUGGAGUUCAUCAGGAGCCUCAACCUCUCUUGGAGGGAGGGCUGUGACCUAACGUACCCCGGCCCUGCGCUCUCGUCGGCGCUGAUGUUUGACGCGGUGCAUGUGGUGGUGGGGGCGGUGAGGGAGCUGAACCGCAGUCAGGAAAUUGGAGUGAAGCCACUCAGCUGUACCUCACCGCAGAUCUGGCAACACGGGACCAGCCUCAUGAAUUAUCUGCGGAUGGUGGAGUACGAUGGUCUGACAGGGCGAGUGGAGUUCAACAGCAAAGGUCAGAGGACCAACUACACCCUGCGGAUCCUGGAGAAACACAGAGGAGGCCACAAAGAGAUCGGAAUCUGGUACUCCAACAACACCUUGGCAAUGAACUCCACCAGUCUGGAUUUUAAUGUGUCAGAGACGCUGGCAAACAAGACCCUCAUUGUCACCACCAUAUUGGAGAACCCAUACGUGAUGCGUAAAGACAACUACCAAGACUUCCAGGGCAACGACCAGUACGAGGGCUUCUGCGUUGACAUGCUGAGGGAGCUUGCAGACAUCUUGAAAUUCUCCUUCAGGAUCAAACUGGUGGACGAUGGGCUCUACGGGGCUCCGGAGUCCAACGGCUCAUGGACUGGCAUGGUUGGAGAGCUAAUCAACAGGAAAGCAGACCUGGCCGUGGCAGGCUUCACCAUCACAUCAGAAAGAGAGAAAGUUAUUGACUUCUCUAAGCCGUUCAUGACCCUGGGGAUCAGCAUCUUGUACAGAGUUCAACUGGGUCGGAAGCCAGGUUACUUCUCCUUCCUAGAUCCCUUCUCUCCAGCUGUCUGGCUCUUCAUGUUGCUCGCCUACCUGGCUGUCAGCUGUGUGCUCUUCCUGGCUGCAAGGUUAAGCCCCUAUGAGUGGUACAACCCUCACCCAUGUCUGCGAGAGCGCAGAGACAUGCUGGAGAACCAGUACACCCUGGGAAAUAGCCUGUGGUUUCCUGUUGGAGGCUUCAUGCAACAGGGAUCAGAGAUAAUGCCCAGAGCCUUGUCCACCAGAUGUGUUAGUGGGGUGUGGUGGGCGUUCACCCUGAUCAUCAUCUCCUCCUACACGGCCAACCUGGCAGCCUUCCUGACCGUCCAGAGGAUGGAGGUUCCCAUCGAGUCUCCGGAUGACUUGGCUGACCAGACCAACAUUGAAUACGGCACCAUCCACGGAGGGAGCACCAUGACCUUCUUCAUGAACUCUCGGUACCAGACGUACCAGCGGAUGUGGAACUACAUGAACUCCAAGCAGCCCAGUGUGUUUGUGAAAAGCACAGAGGAGGGCAUCGCCCGCGUACUCAACUCCAAGUAUGCCUUCCUGAUGGAGAGUACUAUGAACGAGUACCAUCGAGGCCUCAACUGUAAUCUCACAAAGAUAGGAGGCCUGCUGGACACCAAGGGCUACGGCAUUGGCAUGCCACUGGGAUCUCCGUUUAGAGAUGAGAUCACGCUGGCCAUCCUCCAGCUGCAGGAGAAUAACAGGCUGGAGAUACUGAAGAGGAGGUGGUGGGAGGGAGGCCAAUGUCCUAAAGAGGAGGACCACCGUGCCAAGGGUCUGGGCAUGGAGAACAUUGGGGGCAUCUUUGUGGUUCUGAUCUGUGGCCUGAUCAUUGCCGUGUUUGUGGCCAUCAUGGAAUUUGUGUGGUCCACGCGGCGCUCGGCAGAGACCGAUGAGGUGUCUGUCUGUCAGGAGAUGAUCACAGAGUUCCGAAACGCCGUCUCCUGUAAAAAGAGCUCCCGAAUGCGCCGCCGUCGGACCCUGAGCAGCUCAGGAGCCUUGCGCCAUCCCACCCGUAUUGCUCUGGGGGCUCCUCGGCCCCUGCGCCUUGUCCGGGAGAUGCGGCUCAGCAACGGCAAGCUGUAUAGUGGAGCUGGCCCCCUGACGGGUGGAGCUGGAAGUGGAGCAGGUGGGACAGCACCGCCGGAUCUGGGCCCUGGGCCCCAGAGGAUUCUAGACGAUCCACUGGGAGCCAACACCACCCCACCUCCACCUGCCCCCACCCCUGUGAUGCUGCCUGCUCGCAGCUGCACCCACGUGAGGAUCUGCCAGGAGUGCCGAAGGAUACAGAACCUGAGAUCAGGCAGCAGUAUAGGAUCAACAUCAACAAGAAUACCACCUUCAUCUGCCCCACUGCCACGGCUACCUCCACCUCCACCCCCGUCCUCGUCCAACACAGACAGUGAGGGCGGAGGGGCGCCCAGCCCAAGGCGGCUAAAUCACAGUCCCCCGCCUCAUACCCCUCGACCCAUUCCACCUUCACAGAGCAGCAACACCACAGACCUACUGGGGGACCAGGACUGAGCCCAGAAGCACUUGAGGGCAGAUGAGAGGACCACAAGGAGCCUGUGAUGUUAGUGAAUGACAUUUGUGCUGCUUAGAGAAACGACAUUUCCACAGGUGACGUUCAUCUCAGAACAAAAAAGUGGGAGAUGAGGGAGAGAAGGGGAAGAAAAAGGAAUUGAAGUCAACAAGGGAAAUGAAUGAGGAUAACUAACACUUCCUCGUGUUGAGCUUGAGGCCUUUAGCUACAGAACUGGCUAUAAGGUGGUCAUCAGUUAAGCUUCUGUAAUCAGUUGCGAUGAACAGCUCAGUUUGGACAAAUCUGAGAGGAGAUGCACAUGACCAGAUGAUGGUUUCCGUUGGCCUCUUUUUGCCUCCUUACUCCCCUCUCACCUCACCUUUAGACAUGUGGGUGCUGGUUUUCUUCCACAGACAGUUCCCUGGAAGAUAACUAGCCCUUUAGUAAAAUGAAGCCUUGCUGGAGGACAUACUGUAUAUGUAUGUGAUUUAAAACAGCAACUAAAAGACUUCCAGAGAAUAAUUUCCUGUUGUUUUUUUCUUUUGUUGUCUUUAUUUUGUUACCAUUGUCCUAAGUGGGAGUUACAAAUACAGACUAUGUGUGACAAUAUGGUGGAUUUUAACAUACUAAGAAACUUGACAAUGGCUAAUUG